AAUAAAUGGUCUGAACUUCUGUUUUAACAUGUAUAACGUUUGCCAAAUAAACAAGAAAUCACUAAAAUGAAAGAUUUUGAAUGGAGUUUGGCGCUGCGUUUUAGCGAAAUUGUCAGUUUCUUCCUUAAAUAAAUAAGUAAUAAGUUGGAUGCUCAAAAGAGAUAUUUCUCCUUUAGUAAUAAAUUAUUUGGAGGACACAUCUUAUUUGUAAAUACGCCUAGAUGUGGUAUGUUGUUUUACAUUAAAAGUCGCGGAACAACUUUUUUGUUAUUUUGCUAAAAUAACCUUUCCGGCUGGGCAGUCAGGUGACGUCACGUAAACAUGGCGGCACGCAGAGCGGAGCAGAGCUGUAGCCGGCUGGAGACUGUCGGUUGGUAAACAGUCGCAUGAAGUCAGUUUGAAGCCAUUAAAGUGCACCGCUCAGGCACAUUUCUCACAUCACAUGACCCUAAAAUCUGCUGUCCUAACAGAACCGAGCGAACAGUUAACCACAGGGGCUUAUCGUUAUCGUUAGCUAAGUUAGCAAUAAAGUCUCGACGUGGUUUCUUCUUUCGAGCUGGACCGCAAAACACGCUGAGGUCAGAGAUCAUUUUUGAUGUCUGCUGUUGUAAAGAAUGCAGCAUUAUUAUCUCCUUUUGUUUGGGCCCACUGUUUGUUUUCCCAAACGACAAAUGACUACACCUAAUUAGCAAAGGAGUAACCGACGGAGCUGCAUCACCCCCCCUGGUGUGGUGAGCUUAAUUCCUGGUUUCCCAUAUGUCCAGCAGCAACGAUGAAUACAGCCUGAAGCACAUGAGCAACCUUAUGGGCAGCAGGAGGCAGAAAGCAGCGGAUGAUGGAGAGCAGAGUCUCAUUGGGCCUCCAUCUGUGGUCUCCGCCGCUGGUGGGGAUCUCCUGGACCAAGAUGCCUCCACGUCUGGGUUCGUGUAUGUGUUGGCGUUUUUCUCUGCCCUGGGAGGAUUCCUCUUCGGGUAUGACACUGGGGUGGUCUCCGGGGCUAUGCUGCUCCUGAAGAAGGAGAUGAACCUGACCACUUUGUGGCAGGAGCUGCUGGUCUCCAGUACUGUUGGGGCUGCGGCUGUCUCUGCCCUGAGCGGAGGCUACUUGAACGGGUGGCUGGGGCGCAGGAUCUGCAUCCUCUUGGCCAGUUUCAUCUUCAGCAUCGGUGGCAUCAUCUUGAGUUUUGCCCCGGACAAGGUGGUCCUUCUUGUGGGCAGAAUCACAAUUGGAUUGGGCAUAGGCAUUGCCUCUAUGACAGUUCCUGUAUACCUCGCAGAAGUUUCCCCCCCUCACCAGAGAGGUCAGCUGGUCACUGUCAACGCCCUCUUCAUCACCGGUGGCCAGUUCAUUGCCAGUGUGGUCGAUGGAGCUUUCAGCUACCUGAGCCACGAUGGUUGGAGGUACAUGCUGGGUUUGUCCGUUCUCCCAGCAGUGCUGCAGUUCGCCGGCUUCUUAUUCCUGCCGGAGAGCCCCCGUUGGCUUCUCCAAAAGGGCCGCAGCCAAGAGGCCCGUCAAGUCCUCAGCCAGAUCAGAAGAGGCCAGAGCGUUGACGAGGAGUACGACAUGAUCAGAGCCGGCAUCGAGGAAGAAGAGAAAGAGACGAGUGAAGGAGGCCUUGUUAUUUUGCGGAUCCUUCGCCAUGGUCCAACUCGCAGAGCUCUCAUCGUUGGCUGCGGCCUCCAGAUGUUUCAGCAGCUGUCGGGGAUAAACACCGUCAUGUACUACAGUGCAACCAUUCUGCAGAUGUCGGGGGUGCGGGAUGAUAAACAGGCAAUCUGGUUGGCUGCUGCAACUUCUGCUACCAACUUUGUGUUCACCUUAGUUGGAGUCUGGCUUGUGGAGAGAGUGGGCCGCAGGAAGCUGACCCUGGGCAGUCUUUUAGGUACUGCAUUGAGUCUGACUUUGUUGGCAGUCGGGUUCUUGCUAUCUGCCCAGAAUUCUCCGCCCAUCACCCUCCACCCGGUCGACUCUCAAAACUCAACCUGCAGACUAUAUGGGUUCUGUGAAUCCUGCAUGCUGGAUCCGGGUUGUGGAUUUUGUUAUCGUGAAAACGGCACCAGAGUGUGGGACUCGUCCUGUGUUCCUGUCAAUCAAGCGUCCACAGAUCACGCCGCCUGGGGAAGGUGCUCCAACCAGACGGAGACAGCCGGCAGCCCAAUGUGGGCUUACAACUACUGUCCAACAUCCUACUCCUGGAUCGUCCUGAUGGGCCUCAUCCUCUACCUUGCAUUCUUUGCUCCAGGUAUGGGCCCCAUGCCUUGGACAGUGAACUCAGAGAUCUACCCACUGUGGGCCCGCAGCACCGGCAACGCCUGGUCAGCUGGGGUCAACUGGAUGUUCAACGUCCUGGUGUCUCUGACCUUCCUUCAUGUCGCUGAGUUUCUCACCUAUUACGGGGCGUUCUUCAUGUACACGGGCCUGGUGGUGUUGAGUCUCCUCUUCGUCCAGGGCUGCCUGCCAGAGACGCAGGGCCUGCAGCUGGAGGAAAUCGAGAACCUGUUCACCGGUCAGCUCUGCUCCUGUGGAGCCUCCUCACUCAGUGACAAUCGCCACGUCCACUACAUUCGGGUAAAAGGCAGCAACUACCUCCUCUCUGACAACGAUGCCUCAGAUGUAGAGUAGACUGGGAAGAUUUUCUCUUUCCACUCUGUCCUUUGGUUUUCUGAUGCAGGGAGGAAGGGAAAUCAUGUUGCCCUCUGGUGGCUGUGGUCAAACAUGAGCAAAAAAGGCUUGAGCUCUCCAGUGAUUGACUGUAACUUUCCCCUCACUCAGGUGACUGUUUCGUCAAUCAUUUCUGUUUUUUCCGUCUGCCUUUGUUUCACCUGGGAGUUGGUCUGCUUUUCAUUUUUUUGUUUUGUGCAUUCUUCUUGUUUCCCAUCAUUACCUCUGGUAUCAUAAAAGGGAACGCUAGAGCAAGACUUUCCAGGAUUAGGGUGAGCAGGGUGCAUUAGAACAGUGUUGAUGGGAUAAUUAAUAUCCCUGGAAAGUUAUAGUCUGUCAUAAAAAUAAUGUCACAAAUCAGAAACUAAAACAGAUUAUCAAAGAACGUCCUUGUUUUACAGAUCAUCUGUAUUUUAAAGAUUUUAAAGAUGAACUUUGGGGAAUGAUCUUUGUUUUUCCAGUGAAUAACAUUUUAGAAACAAGUCUUUGUUUGUUUUGUCAGUGAGUUCAGAAACCAAGUGACCCGGUUGCUGACUCACCAUUUCCUCAGCCUUGCUGUAGCCUUGUCUGUCAAGAUAAUUUUAUUUCCAGACAGUGAAAAGAACCCUUUGUAUGAUUUCAGUCUGAGCAUCUAUCUUUUGUAGGAACGCUCAUACUUCAAAAUUGAUAUACCAGCGAAGUUUGUAUGCUAGCCCUAAUGAUCUGUAUUUUUAAAUUCAUGAAGAUUUCAGAUACACGAUGUGUAGAAGAGACCGAUUUUUGGCUUAUUUGGACAUUUGCAUACAUUCUGUAGAACUCUUUCAAAACACAUACCUGCUGAAAUCACUAACAUGGGUUUAAUCUUUUAAUCUGUGCUGGUGUUAAACAAAAUAGUUGAUUGUGGGUUUGCUGCUAUUGUCUGCACAUUGGGAGAGAUUGCACUUUAAAAACCAAAAAGAUGUCUUAUUCUGAAAAAAAAAAAAGUUUUUUAUAUGUCAGAUUGCUAGAACGAGUUGCUCAAAUCUUCAAUUUUCUAGCAAGGUUCGGAAGUCAGCCCAGCAAACUAUGGAGCGGUGGGGUCAGACAAUGCCAUAGCCUAUAUAACUGUAAGUACGCUAACAACUUUUCUGCUAUGCGACAACAGUGCUGAAUUUGCCUUUUUAAUGUUCAAUUUCAUGUCCUUGUUUUCGCAGCUCAGAUAACGGUGACCAAGUAGCCCAGCACAACUUUAUAUAGAGAACCUUUGUACAGAGUGUCCCGGUUGCACUGGUGCUCUCUGAUAUAUGCCAAUUUGCUUUUUAGUGGCCUACUGAAAACUGCACAAGAUUUCUUAAACGUUUUCUGAUGCUGUCUUGUUUUUAUUACAGUGCAAGCUAUAAAUUGCCAUUUCUGUGCAACUGAUAAGUGUUUCUUUUAAAUGUUUUAUUUAAGAACAAUCUCAAUUUUGUUUCUUGUAAUGUGGGAUCCUACAAACAUCUGGGAACGUCUAAACUGAAUAGUUUUCUGAUGAGUGAAAUGUUUGGAAAUUGCACAAAAACCUACAUAUUUAUGGGAACAAAGAAAAUGUUAAAUAUUUCUAACUACAUAUUUUGUGGUUGCAGAUCCAUAAUAAUAAUCCUUUCUCAUAAUGUCAUAUUUGUUGUGAAAACUCAUAAGGAAUAUGACAGCAGUGAUAUCAGCCAGCCACUAUUCUUGUAAAUCCUAUUGAUUACCAGCCUGUAUGAGAAAUUAAAAAAGGAAGUAUUGUACUUUAUAUUGGUUAAAUGUACCGAUAUUCUAAAUGAUGACACUGCCAUUUUGUACAACAGACUUCAUUUAUCCUCAAGUGGGCAAUAAUGAUGAGUGCAUUGAGAAGGAUGUUUGAAAAAACCAACAGUUUAAAGGCCAUAGAUAAGUUUAAUGAAAAUGCUCAUGCAGUAUAUACAGAUACUUUCCAUGUCUCCCAUGUUCUGUUCAUCACUAUGAUCUUUGGGAAAUAAACAUACACACAGUGAAACAA